AUGAGCUUCGGCUCGGAGCACUACCUGUGCGCCUCCUCCUCCUACCGCAAGGUGUUCGGGGACAGCUCUCGCUUGUCCGCGCGCCCCUCCGGAGCAGGCGGUGCGGGCAGCUUCCGCUCGCAGUCGCUGUCCCGCGGCAAUGUGGCCUCCUCGGCCGCCUGCUCCUCGGCCUCCUCGCUCGGCCUGGGCCUGGCUUACCGCCGGCCGCCGGCGUCCGACGGGCUGGACCUGAGUCAGGCGGCGGCGCGCACCAACGAGUACAAGAUCAUCCGCACCAAUGAGAAGGAGCAGCUGCAGGGCCUCAACGACCGCUUCGCGGUGUUCAUCGAGAAGGUGCACCAGCUGGAGACACAGAACCGCGCGCUCGAGGCCGAGCUGGCCGCGCUGCGGCAGCGCCACGCCGAGCCAUCGCGUGUCGGCGAGCUCUUCCAGCGCGAACUGCGCGACCUGCGCACGCAGCUGGAGGAGGCGAGCUCAGCGCGCGCACAGGCCCUGCUGGAGCGCGACGGGCUGGCAGAGGAGGUGCAGCGGUUGCGGGCACGCUGUGAGGAAGAAAGCCGCGGGCGCGAAGGCGCUGAGCGCGCCCUGAAGGCGCAGCAGCGCGACGUGGACGGCGCCACGUUGGCCCGCCUGGACCUGGAGAAGAAGGUGGAGUCGCUGCUGGACGAGCUGGCCUUCGUGCGUCAGGUGCACGACGAGGAGGUGGCCGAACUGCUGGCCACGCUGCAGGCGUCGUCUCAGGCCGCAGCCGAGGUGGACGUGGCUGUGGCUAAGCCAGACCUGAGUUCGGCACUGAGGGAGAUCCGCGCCCAGUAUGAGUCCCUGGCCGCCAAGAACUUGCAGUCCGCCGAGGAAUGGUACAAGUCCAAGUUUGCCAACCUGAACGAGCAGGCGGCGCGCAGCACUGAGGCCAUCCGGGCCAGCCGCGAGGAGAUCCACGAGUACCGUCGCCAGCUGCAGGCACGCACCAUCGAGAUUGAGGGGCUGCGCGGGGCCAACGAGUCCUUGGAGAGGCAGAUCCUGGAGCUGGAGGAGCGGCACAGCGCUGAGGUGGCCGGCUACCAGGAUAGCAUUGGGCAGCUGGAAAAUGAUCUGAGGAACACCAAGAGUGAGAUGGCUCGCCACCUUCGGGAAUACCAGGACUUGCUCAAUGUCAAAAUGGCUCUUGACAUUGAGAUAGCAGCAUACAGGAAACUGCUGGAAGGUGAAGAGACCCGUUUUAGCACCACUGGAUUAAGCAUUUCAGGGCUAAAUCCACUUCCCAAUCCAAGUUAUCUGCUCCCACCUAGAAUCCUCAGUUCUACAACCUCCAAAGUCUUAUCCACUGGGCUGUCGCUUAAGAAAGAGGAGGAGGAAGAGGAGGCUUCCAAGGUAGCCUCUAAGAAAACCUCCCAGAUAGGGGAAAGUUUUGAAGAAAUAUUGGAGGAGACAGUAAUAUCUACUAAGAAAACCGAGAAGUCAAAUAUAGAAGAAAGCACCAUUUCAAGCCAAAAAAUAUAAUUCAGUUGCUUAAAAAAGUUAAUGCUUAAGAGGGAAUAAUAUGCAUUUGACUCAUUAAACACCCUAGUCUUGAGCCAAAACACCUGUCACCACUAUAAAAUGUCUUCAAGGCUUCAGUCUCAUACUUAGUAUUGAAUGGUUUCUCUAAUAAGAAAAUCACCUCUAGAUUGGCGCAAACUGUAGUCCUGGAACAAUCACAGAAAAGUUGUUGAAGAAUACAGCCUCCUCACCUACAGCUCAGGCUUCAUAGCGAUAGAUGAUUCAGGUGCAGAGG